GGAGCAGACGGAGCUCAGAUUCAUUUCUGCUGGUGCUGCUGGAGGCACAGCACAUUGCGAGAGCAGAACGUGACGCACACAGAGCCGGGACACGCACGGCUAUCAAAUGGAUUAAUUUUGACAUAUACUUGUGAACUCUAAGAGAGAAAGGACAAUAGAGCCAGAAGGACUUGCACCGAGCUUGUAAAACUUGGUUGUCACACUGGCAGAAAAUAAAAAAGCUACCUGGCUUUGAUGAAGAAACACUCAUUCAGGAGCCAGCUGAUAUCCCGCUGAGCGGAGGGACUUGGACUGACAGCACUGAGGAUGUGAAUGUAUCGGGGACAAUCUGGACCCCCUUCUGUCACACUGCACUGCACCACUCAAGUGGAUCAUAAACAUCGAGACCAGAGCCAAACGCACACAGAGAAAAAAGGAACCGCGUGAGAAAGCCUACCAUGCACUGACAACAAGGAAUGGAAACGGACUGGGAUGGGUUGGCCCUCUCCUCUCUGCUCGCAGCAGGAAGGAACAACUUCUCUUCCUCGUCUCUUCUUGUCUCUGAACUGAACUCCCUCAACAGUUCUCACAGCGGGGGAUCCUUCUUCGGGAUAGAUCCUGAAAAUGGUUCCACCACGACGCAGCACACGGAGCAGAAGAGGGACAUGGGCCUGGCCCGGGCAGAGAUAGCAGUGCUCGGGGUGGUGUUGGCCCUUACCACUCUGGGGAACAGCUUUGUGCUGUGGGUACUGCUGAGGAGGAGGAAGCAUAAUGCACCCAUGCACGUGUUCAUGUUCAACCUGUGUGUGGCUGACCUGGUGGUGGCCUUCUUUCAGGUUCUUCCCCAGCUCAUUUGGGACAUCACUGGGAAGUUUCAGGGGCCUGACUUUCUCUGCCGGUCCGUCAAGUACUUGCAGAUUGUGGGCAUGUUUGCUUCCUCUUACAUGAUAGUUGCCAUGACGGUAGACCGGCACCAGGCCAUCUGCUGUCCUUUGCAGGCCUACAGAGGGGGCACAAUGUCCCGCUGGAACACCCCUGUCAUGGUGGCCUGGGGCUUGGCGCUAGUCCUCAGCAUACCACAGGCUUUCAUCUUCUCUCGCACAGAAACUGAUUCAGGAGAGUUUGAUUGCUGGGGUCACUUUGCUGAGCCGUGGGGGCUGAAGGCCUACGUCACCUGGAUGACCAUAUCUGUCUUCCUCCUGCCCGCCUUCAUCAUUACCAUCUGUCAGAUAAGAAUCUUCAGAGAAAUCCACAAUAACAUCUAUCUGAAGUCAGAGAGAAUUGUGAUGGCUGAGUUAAAGAAGAAAGAAAUCUUCUUCCGCUUCCACAGCUUUAAAAAGGAUGACGAGCGGUCCAAGGAUAGGGGGAGACGGCCGUCCGGAGGGGGGGGCAAGGAUGGCAGAGGAGGACAACUCCUAAAGGGUGUGAAUAACAACCCUCCCAAUAACACCCAUGACAGCCAAGCAGGAGAGUGUUAUGACUUUGUACCAUCGGCUGUCCAGUACAGUAGCAGUGGUGAACAUGUGCCAACAACAUCACCGACAGAGCAGCAAACAUUGAGCGGCUCAGAUUGCCAGGACUCGUACACGCCCUACGAGCUGGCCUCAGGCUCACCUCGCUGCUCCCUCGACUACGCACGCCCCCCCCUUCCAGCCACUCCACCUCAUCACAGCAUCACAAAAGCCAUGUCAAAGACUGUGAGAAUGACCCUGGUCAUCGUGCUGGUCUAUACUAUCUGCUGGGCCCCUUACUUCAUUGUCCAGCUUUGGGCGGCCUGGGACCCCCACCCUCCACAACAUGCAGUGGCCUUCACUAUCCUGAUGCUGCUGGGGAAUCUGAACUCGUGCACCAACCCGUGGAUUUACACAGCUUUCUCCAGCAGCGUGUCCAGAGAGCUGCAAAACCUCCUGCAGUGCCAGACACGACCCGACCGCCGGGGCUCCCUGCCCGACGACUCCACCACCACACACACCUCCACCACCAAGGACAGCCUGUACUGACAAAGACUGAUGAGGCAGAAAUAGAUACACAGAGACAUGUUUCAAAAGACAACUAGGGUGCACAGAGGUCUGUUGCAGGGAUGUGCUGCAGUGCACAGCCUGAGAACAGAGCACUGACCUCAACCAGAUGUUUCCAACAACAAAGGACAGCUUCUGUCAACAGGACCUCUAUCUUGUAAUCACCGGUCCUCUCCACCACAACAGAGAGGAAGGGUGUCAUUGAAGAUGUCAACACCAUUUUAUGAGGGCACUGUGAAAGAUACAGUGGCUGUCAGUGACAGCAUCUGUUAUGCAAAAUGGCCUUGACAGUAAAGAGCGCUUUUACCUCGGCUGUGGUGGAGUAGGACCCUGUGCAUUGAUUUAUACGAACCAAAAUUGUUUCCCUUCUCAGUCAGAGCAGAGCAGUAGGAAUGCAAGGGGUGGAUCAGCGCAUUAAUGGUCUUGCGGCACGCCUAAUGUACAAAGCAGCAGACAAAGCUGUGGGUGUAGAGAAAACAAAGCAGCAAACUGAGGGAAUGAGAUACACACACACACACAUGCAGACAGUAAGAGAAAACGAGACGGCUGUUGGAGUGAGAACAGACAGGGGAUGACAUGGAUGUUAGAUCUACAGGAGCAGUCUGGAGAGGGCUGUAGUAAAAAAUCUAAUAAUGUGAAGAAACUUUGAUGAAUCCAGGAAUGUGGAUUAGAGGUGGAUGCUUGAGGCUGUAUAUUCAGGGGUGCACAUCACUUUUUUGCCCUGGUUCUCAAAGGAGCACCUGGAGAUGUUGCUUGGUGCUCAUCCUUAAAAUGAAAUAAACCGUAACUUUUGAGGGGGUCUUGACUUUAUUUGCCAGACACUAGGCACAGAACACACAGAGGUGAACACAAGACAACAUUAGCACGACCAGUAAUCCUACAAGCUGUCAUCACUGUUCUCCUGACUGUUCUCCUCUCUGUC